AGCCGAAUUGUUGGGGUUAUAAAAUGUUUCUUUUAGCUGGUAGCGAAAGUGGUAUAUGCUAUGACUUUAUUUUCUACACAGGUAAAAAUAAUAAACAGAAGUAUGGAUUCUGUACAGAUGUUGUAUUGAAUCUUUAUGAAACUGUGCCACGUUUUAUCAAUCACAAAGUGUAUUUUGACAAUUAUUUUACAACAAUUCGUUUAUAGGUAGAGUUGAGAAAGUUCGGCAUUUUUACAGUUGAUACAGUAAGAUCAAAUCGAUUAUUUGAUUUAAACAUCAAAAAUGCAAAAGAUUUAUCAAAGGAAGGUAGGGGUGCAAUGUAUCAUCGUGUCACGAAAGUUGAAGGAGUGUAAUUAUGCAUGACACGAUGGUAUGAUAAUAAUGCUGUUGAUUGUUUUUCUACAUUGUACGAUUGUGAACCGAUUGAUUCAGUACAACGAUGGUCAUCAAAACAAAAGAAACAUAUUCUCAUAGAACGACCAAAGGUCAUACAGGCAUAUAAUGAACAUAUGAAAGGAGUCGAUUUAAUCGACAUGUUGAUUUCUUUGUAUCGAAUAAAUGUUAGUUAUAAAAAAUAUUAUAUAAAAAUCAUCUUUCACCUUAUUGAUUUGUCAGCUGUCAAUGCAUGGUUAUUAUAUCAACGCCACUGUUUAAAACUAAAGCUUCAAAAAAAGAAUAUAAUGUCUUUAUUGACUUUUUGCAUAAAUAUUACUACUGUUUUACUUAAAUCCAGUCCAUCACCACCUAUCAUAAAAUGUGAUCGACCAUCAUUAGAAUCAAAAUUAAAUGAAAAUAAUUCAAUAACAACUUUACGAGUUACACCAACUUCAGCUCCACCUUCAAGUACACGAUUCGACAAAUAUGAUCAUUGA